GGAAAGAGAAUGGUUGAGGCAAGUGGGGGUAAGAAUCCAAGCUGCUAUCCAUUCUUCCAACCAAUACUCAUCCUUUUAUUCUCUUCUUUCGUUUCCCCGCGCAAAAACAAGAUAAUCUCGCUUUCUUAACCGUUCCACCAUAUUCUCCUCUUUCUUACUAUGUCCCCAACACAAUUUGACAACAGAGACCAUAUCUUUAUUAUUGGAGAACUUCUUUUUGUGAAUAUGAAUUGGAGGUCUCUACUCUCUAGCAUUUGAUUGAAGGGGCCGCGAAGGGAGUUCAGGAUGAGAAUGGGGGUGAUUGGGGUUUGGCCGGAUGUUUCCCGCCACCCGGUGGAUGAGAUGUACAUUGGCAACCCCUAUCAGCUCAAUCUAAUUUGGGCUUCUUUUUAUGCCCAGGAGCUAUCCCCUUCCCUUCUUAUUGAUUGACAACUAACACUAUGAGCAACAUUGAAAAACACAAGUUCAUUACCUCCCUUAAGGUAUUUCACAAGGAAUACAAUGCGUUUGGAAUCUAGACACGAUAUAUGCAAUUCCAAGGCUCGUCUUUAACAAUUUCUCUACCCUUUGAUUCAUUCACUCUAUAAAGUUCCUGUUUCUAACAAUAGUUUUUGUCUUCAAACAUAGGUCUAAUAAAUCAACUAUUCAUAUAUUUAAAGUCGUCCAAUUUUUGGACCUCCUCAAGCCAUGUCCAGCUCUACGCUCAAGUCAUCAAAUGCAAAGAACUUCUCUCUUGGAUCAGCAAACUAUCACCAAGUAAUACAACAUCCAACAUUAUUUGAUUCUAAAAUUGGAGUAAUGUACUUUCUUCUUGAUGAGACCAUGCAUUGGAAGCAGCUUCGCGAGUCCACAUGAGCAGCUCCAUGUCACUUCUUGUUCCUCUUCUCUCCCUCUUUUCAGUUUGUGUUGCCGAGUGAGACUGAACGUCAGAAUGUGAGACAACAGAGGUAGAUGAAGUGUUGGAGACGGAGAUGGUGAGAAAAAGGAGAGAGGAGAAUGAUAUGUGAGAAUGGAAAGGGAACGGGGGCGAGCGAGAAUGCUUGAUCCGUGUUGUGAGGGGCUCCGUUUUAGUAAUCUCAUCUACUUUUUUUAUAAAAAAAAUAAAUAAAACGACAAAUUUCGAAAUCAUUUUCCGGUCAUCCAGGGAGUCCAAAAUAAUUUCGUACUCUCUUCCCUCCGCUGCAUCACCUACAUUCGUGUUGUUUAUUCUCAAUACACUGACCUCCAGAUUCCAUCCAUUCCGGCGGAAACCACAGCGUUUCUUCAUCGCCGGAGGCUUCCUCGUCACAGCGGUGGCAAGCGACGGGAACUUGGGUUUUUGAGUGCCACACCACCGCGCGACGUCUAAACCACGCGGGAAUGGGGGUCUCCCGGCGGCUUCCCUCGACGGUUUUGGACUGUUUAAUUAAGUCAAGGUUGACUUUGGAUGAGAACUUCCUUUAUGAACACCUGUUGAAAUUCUUUACAAGGUUCUGGUGAAUCUCGACCUAAAUGGCCGAAGAAUCAAAAUGCUUUCCGUUCCAAUCAAUACCCAUUAUUUACUUGAUCUUACCCAACCUCCUAAAUCAAAGCAAAAACUUUGCUUGUAAAUUCUCAUUUGUAACCCUCUUGAUUACGAACUACACGAUUAGAUAUGAAAGCUGUCUAUUCUAAACUUCCCCUUCAUCCAAAUUUGAGUUUUUUCAAAUCCCAUUACCACCAAACUCCAUUCCUCCACCCUCUUACCUCUCUUAACAGUCUUCUCAAUUGUAGCCGGACAUCAAAACAUGCCACUCAAAUUCAUUCCCAACUUAUUACCACCGCCUUGCUUUCCCUCCCUUUUCUCUUCAACAACCUCCUUAACUUGUACGCCAAAUGUGGCUCUGUCGACCAAACCUUGUUGCUCUUCUCCUCAGCUCCAGAUGACUCUAAGAACGUUGUCUCUUGGACUUCUCUUAUUACCCAACUUACCCGUUUCAAAAGACCCUUUAAGGCCUUGACUUUCUUUAACCAUAUGAGGCGUUCUGGAGUUUAUCCCAAUCAUUACACCUUCUCUGCUGUUUUAUCUGCUUGCACUGACACUACGGCUUCUGUUCAUGGUGAACAGAUGCAUUCUUUGGUUUGGAAACAUGGGUUCCUUGCUGAGGUAUUUGUUGUCAGUGCAUUAGUUGACAUGUAUGCCAAGUGCUGUGAUAUGUUGAUGGCCGAGAAGGUGUUUGAGGAAAUGCCCGUGAGAAACCUUGUGUCUUGGAACACUAUGAUUGUGGGAUUCUUGCAGAACAAGCUUUAUGAUCAGGCCAUUUUCUUCUUUAAGACGCUUCUAUUGGAGAAUUUAACUGCUCUUGAUGAAGUAAGCUUUUCUAGUGUCUUUAGUGCUUGUGCCAAUGCUGGUAACUUGGAGUUUGGGAAACAAGUUCAUGGAGUUGCUCUGAAGCUUGGUGUCUGGAAUUUGGUUUAUAUAAAUAACUCGCUGAGUGACAUGUAUGGUAAGUGUGGCUUAUUCAACGACGUUGCAAAGUUGUUUUCAAACACUGGAGCGAGAGAUGUUGUUACUUGGAACAUAAUGAUCAUGGCAUACGUUUAUAAUCACAAUUAUGAAGAUGCCUGCAAUAGUUUUUGGAUGAUGAGAAGGAAAGGUUCAAUACCUGAUGAAGCAUCAUACUCUUCUGUUCUUCAUUCUUGCGCAAAUCUUGCAGCACUAUAUCAGGGAACACUGAUCCAUAAUCAGAUCAUACGAUCUGGGUUUGUUAAAAAUCUGCGUGUUGCAAGUUCUUUGAUUACGAUGUAUGCAAAAUGUGGCAGCUUGGUAGAUGCUUUCCAGAUAUUUGAAGAGACUGAAGACCGUAAUGUGGUUUGUUGGACAGCUAUCAUUGCAGCGUGUCAACAACAUGGUCAUGCUAAUUGGGUUGUUGAGUUAUUCGAACAAAUGUUGAGAGAGGGGAUUAAACCCGAUUAUAUCACUUUUGUUUCUGUUCUCUCUGCUUGCAGCCACACUGGUCGAGUUGAAGAAGGAUUCUUCUACUUUAAUUCAAUGAUUAAAGUGCAUGGUAUUUACCCUGGACAUGAACAUUAUGCGUGUAUAGUCGACUUGCUUAGUCGUGCGGGAGAGUUGGAUAGAGCUAAGAGGUUUAUAGAAUUGAUGCCUAUCAAACCAGAUGCCUCAGUAUGGGGUGCUUUGCUUAGUGCUUGCAGGAAUCAUAGCAACCUUAUAAUGGGUAAGGAAGUAGCGCUGAAACUUUUUGAUUUGGAACCAGAUAAUCCUGGAAAUUAUGUGCUGCUUUGUAACAUCUUGACGCGUAAUGGGAUGUUAAAUGAGGCUGAUGAAGUUAGAAGAAAGAUGGAAAGCAUUGGGGUGAGAAAGGAACCAGGUUGUAGUUGGAUCGACAUAAAGAAUUCAACAUAUGUAUUCACAGUUCAUGACAAAUCACAUGAGAAAACGAAGGAGAUUUAUGAAAUGUUGGAAAAGCUAAAGGAGUUAGUAAAGAAGAAAGGGUAUGUGGCUGAAACUGAAUUUGCAAUAAACACUGCAGAAGAAUACAAGGAGCAAAGCUUGUGGUAUCAUAGUGAGAAAAUAGCUCUUGCAUUUGGGCUGCUGAGCCUUCCUGCUGGUGCUCCAAUUAGGAUUAAAAAGAAUCUAAGAACUUGUGGAGAUUGUCAUACUGUCAUGAAGUUCGCUUCCGAAAUUUUUGCCCGAGAGAUUAUAGUAAGAGAUAUAAAUAGAUUCCACCACUUCACCAACGGGAUUUGUUCUUGUGGAGAUUACUGGUGAUUGAUUUUUCAUUGUGCUGGAAGAGGCUGCAAGAUUUAUCUAAAAGCUGUUAGGGAGAAAUCUGAUUUCUCUUUUGCUCAUUUUGUAGAUUGUCAUUAGAGCUAAGUUAAUUUACAAACAAUUCAUUGAAUAGUUUUUUUUAACCAUAUAUUUUCAAAUACAAUAAUUUCCCUUUUCUCAA